CUCGUGCACGUGUCUUCCUCGGGCUGCCUUGCUGAAACUAAAUGGAAAACUUGACAGUUUUCAACCAGUUUUAGGUGUUGUGAUUGUUUGGUUUUGUUUGGUUUUGUCUCUGGGAUGAUAACUGUCCCGACUAUCACACCCACAGAGGAUUUCACAGGGGUUAAUGGCCUAAAUUUAGCCUCUAUGGAGAGAAAACAUGAGAUUUGCAGCCCAUUCAUUCCACGGCGCAACCCUGCGAGGAAAACAAGUGCAGAAAUAAUCAGUGAAGCCAGACAGUCCCUUCGAGUGCAGUCUACCCAGCGACCCUUUACUCCCAGAGAUGGACACAGGCAACUUUUUGGAAAGAGCUCUGUUCGCGCAGACCGUGACAACAGACCUCCAUCUACCUUUAGUCUUCAUGCUCAAAAUUUUGAUGCUCCUGACUCCAGGCCAGGUUCAGGGACUCGCCUCUCCCCUCUGGACCAUAAGCCAAAGUUUCCAGUCCCCUGUGAUGCUGAGGAUCCAUUCAAGGCCUUACCCAAACCCCCCACUGACCCACUGGAAGUUAAGAGGGGGCUGCCAGGAGGGCGGGCACGUCUCCUCCGGUCUGGAUCUCUCACCACGUUGUCUCCUGUAGAGGGACACAUACAUGUGAAAGAGCAAUUCAAUCCAGGCCUGGGACAAAAGCAGCUGUCAGCUAAACGACUCCCUAGCACUGACCACACUGAGGUUCGCAGUGGUCCUCUUAAAACUGGCCGAUGCAGAACAGCAAGUGAAAGUAGACUAAUGCAGCCUGGUGUUGACUCAGGCGUUAGACUCACAGAGGAAAGAGCAGAACGGAAAACAGAGCUUGGGAAUGGAGACAACAGCAAGAGCACAAAGGAGGAUGCAGAGUCCUUGGUGUGGAAUAACAUGAUUGCUCCUCUUCUCCAACAACUAGAGAGCAUGGCUGCAGGCAGCUCUGAGGGCUCACUGGACAGUCUGUGUGAUUUGUGUGACGGUCUCCAUGGCACCUUAGCAGAAGCAGACAUGCUCGGCCGACGCUGUAAGAGGAGGUCAGGGAUACUUCGAACACUGUUCCGCCUCAUUGACCUCAACUCUGCCCAGCUCAACCUGCACAUCGCCAAGCUCUGCCUUGCUCUGUGUGUCAGUGGAAACAACCUGCUUAACAUCUGUAAGCUCAUCUUCCAAAUCAGCCGCAGUGAAAGCAACGACAUCCUCUUUCAGAACAACUCUAUCAUAGGCCCUGUUCUGGGUAUUUUAAGCAACGAGGAUGUGUCCUCAUCUGGGGAAGCUCUGCUGUACUGUGUUGGGACUUUGAAAUUUCUCUCAGGAAACAGUGCACUCCUCAGACUUCUGCUGGACAAUAACUGUGUUGGUGUGGCUCAGAAACUCAUUCAGAGACUCUGCACGGCAGAAGACACCAACUUCACUAUAGCAGGGCACAUCCUUGUUCAGCUGACAGCGACUUUGAGGAACCUUGCAGAUCACCCAGAUUCCCGUCCAAUCUUUAUCUCCUUCUCUAUGCUGUCAGAACUCUGUCUGGUGCUUCGUCAUCACUGCAAAGACCCAGACAUCUGCACCAACAUUUCCAGAAUAUACAGUAAACUCUCCUCUUACUCGGAGUGCCGCCUCGCUCUGGCCCAGACCCCCGACUGCUACCAACUAUUUUUAGAACUGCUGAGCAAACAUCACCAAAAACAGGACCUUGUCGUACGCCUUCUUUUCACCCUUGGGAACCUCACAGCCAAAAGCGAAGAGGCUCGGCGGCAGCUCUUUCAGUGCGAUGCCUGCAUGGACACACUCCUGCAGCUGUACGACACCUACCAGCGCAGAGACAACUCACCACACACACCCUCACAGAAAGGCCCGCUUUCCCCCAGCGAGUCUCAGGCCCCUCCGGGGAGUGUGCAGGAGGAUGAGGACGUGCUGGUGAAGCUGGUCAGGGUGCUGGCAAACAUGUGCAUCCACCCGGCUGUAGGUCCAGCUCUGGCAAACAACACAAUCUGCAUUCAGCUGCUGAUGGAGACAAUUGAGCUGAGGUCUGUGCAGGAAAGCGAGGAACUGUUGGUGAAUGUGGCUGCCACCAUCAACAACCUGUCUUUCUACCAGGAGGAAAGCUCUGUACUCAGACGCAGUCAACUCACAAUCGCAAAGUUGAUGUUGAAGUUGGUGCUCAGCUCGAGUAGGGACGCCAUGCUUGAAGCCACCCGUGUAUAUGGAAAUUUGUCACAGUCCAAGCAUGUGCGGGACUUUAUUAUGCAAAACAAAGUGCACCAGUUUGUAGUGACGCUGCUCGACUCAAAAAGCACUGAGAUGUGUUUUUCAGCCUGCGGGGUCCUCACCAACCUGGCUCUGGACCCUGCCAACAGGGACAGUCUUUCAGUGGAGGGGGCUGCUGCCAAACUUGUGGACUGUCUGAGAGACUUCGGACCAGGUGAUUGGCAGCUGGCAGGCCAAGUUUGUCAGGCGUUGUGGAACAUGAUCGUCUGUGGCUCAGAGAAGCUGCUGGACACACAGGAGAGAGAGUCACUGCUGGAGUUCCUCACUACAUGCUUAGAUGAACAGGAGGCUCUGAAGUGGAUAGAAAAUGAAGAUAUAAGGGAUUUCCACAGGGCAUGCUGGGAGUUAGAGUUCCUACCUGUAGCUCAAAAACUGAUGAAGACGCUCCGGACUCCGGACCUAACAGCCUGACAGAGUUCGAGUUUCAUGUCGUCAUAGAAAUCAUAGUAUUGUUUUAAACUUUUAAAUACUUAACCCAGAGUCCACAUUCUAACAAGUAAACACGUUCCUCCAGUGGGUUUUAGAGGUGGCUGUGAAGGUUUGUAGUGAGAAGCAGGUGAGGUCAGCUUGAAGUCAUGUCAGUUACAGUGAAUUCCAUCGCUGGUUUUAAAAAACAUCUUUAAAAAUGUUUUAAACUGGGCGCCCAGAUAGCUCUGUUGUAGGCGCCCAUAU